UUUUAUUUGGAAAAAAAUGUUUUUGAUUUUGUGAUUAGAACUGUAUAUGUAGGUGAACAUACUAUAUGUUUGUUCUGAUAUUAAAAUCGGAGUUUGUAAGAUCUUUUUUUUUUUUUUUUAAAAAAAAGGUAAAUUAGUCCCGGAAGUCAGUGGAUUGUCUCAUGCCGGAAGUGCUCUACACGUGCACUUCUUUUUUUUUAAGUAGGAAAUGCGCCCUCGCGCAGGCGGAGUCGAGCUAGCUCAAUCUGUACGCGGCUAGCAACACACCAAACCGAUUUAUUCAUUAUCGGAGUGGGAAUAAUUAAAUAUUAAUAUUAAUAUUAAUAUAUAUAUAAAACACAAAUAAAAGCGGAGUCUACUUUCCUUAUAAACGGAGACCUCGAUGAGACAUUUAUUUGUGUAUUUAUUUUACUGCCGAAAGCAAGUAUAUCUAGAGAAUUUACACCGAUGCUAGCCGGAACCCAUACAACAUUAACCGCCUGCGAAAGCUAAGCUAACAGGCUAACACGAAAUUUACAUCCUGACCCGGUCACCGGAGUGAAGUUUUGCUUUUUAUAUUUUAUCUCUGUAUAACGUUAGGUUCAUUUUUAUUUAUUUAUUUUUUUGCCGUGUCGUGCUGUCACUAAUUCUAACUGAAAGGCGAGAACAAGGAAAGGGCGCCUCUGCAAACGAAGCUGUGGAGGGGGAAAAGCGGAUAACAUCCUCACCGGGCGGACGUCGCGCAUCCUGCCGGCCUGCGGGUGAGUUUAUCCGGUCAUGAGCCUCACGCAACGCCGAGGAUUAGCGCACAGGCCUGACGCACUAGAGGAGCGAUGGCCGAGGUCUCAGCCCUCACCCCUUCUCCUCCGGCGAUGGUGGAUCAGUCUGUAGCUCCUCCUCCUCCUCCCUCCGCUCCCUCCCUCCCUGCAGUGUCACCUAAACCCGUCGUUCUCCCAAAAUCCGCUUUGUAUGGAGACCGAGCUGUCAUGGCCGCCGCUGCGUUAACGCCCCUGAUUAAAGAGACCUCUGUCCCUUUACCGCACUCUGGGGAGGCGACUUCAUCUCUACCUGAGAAUCCUCCUUCUGUUACAGCUGCCUCGGAAUGCGCUCGUCCUCCUGACCGAGGGGACGGAGGUUUCCUCCCGACGCCCGAGCCUUUAACGCAGCAAAACCUCUCAAAGGAACCACCGGGAGGGGCGGCGAUUCCUGAAGCUCCGCCUUUUCCAGCACAAAAUCCCACGACACAUCUCGAUCUGACCUCAAACUCCAUGUCCUCAUCACACACGCCUCCUCGGUCUCCUCCGCCUCUCGCCACCUUCGACUCGGAUCCGUUGUCAGACCCGAAAUCCGAUCUUCCGUGUCUCGUGGUUCACGAUUCGUCGGUGCCGUUCGUCGUGCCGCCCCCUGCUCAAUCAGGCCCCGCCCUAGACACGCUGAGCUAUCUGGAAUCCGCGAGCAUGAUGUCGGGAACGCUGGACUCUCUGUCAGGCAUCGGCGAGGAUGGAAGCUCGCUCGGGUCGGACUCGGAGCUCAACGGCCCGGUUUCGAGACGCACGGAUAAAUACGGCUUCCUCGGAGGAACGCAGUACAGCGAGGGCAAUGUGGCGGAGCUCAGCGUGGAGGUGGCACGGCACCGAGAGAUGAAGUGGUUGGACAUGUUCAAAAACUGGGACAAGUGGAUCUCUCGACGCUUCCCCAAGGUGAAGCUGCGCUGUAGGAAGGGAAUUCCAUCGUCUCUGAGAUCUCGAGCCUGGCAGCUUCUCUCCAACAGCGAGGAGCUUCUGAUGGCAAACAUCGGCAAGUUCGAGGAACUGGAGAGAGAGCCCGGAGAUCCGAAGUGGCUGGAUAUCAUCGAGAAGGACUUACACCGACAGUUUCCCUUCCACGAGAUGUUCGCUGCUCGAGGAGGCCACGGCCAGCAGGAUCUGUACCGUAUACUGAAGGCUUACACCGUGUAUCGGCCGGAUGAAGGCUACUGUCAAGCCCAGGCUCCUGUGGCUGCGGUCCUGCUGAUGCACAUGCCUGCAGAGCAAGCGUUUUGGUGUCUGGUUCAGAUUUGUGAGAAAUACCUGCCCGGCUACUACAGCGCUGGACUGGAAGCAAUCCAGCUUGACGGAGAGAUUUUCUUCUCUCUGCUGAGGCGCGUGUGCCCCAUGGCCUACCGCCAUCUGAAGAAGUUUAAGAUCGACCCCAUCCUGUACAUGACCGAGUGGUUCAUGUGCAUCUUUUCCCGCACGCUACCGUGGUCCUGCGUCCUCCGCGUCUGGGACAUGUUCUUCUGCGAAGGGGUGAAGAUCGUGUUCCGUGUGGGUCUGGUCUUACUGAAGCAGAUGCUGGGUUCUGUGGAUAAACUGCGGGAGGUACAGGGAAUGUAUGAGACCAUGGAGCGCCUGAGGAACAUCUCGCCGGACAGCAUCAGAGAGGAAAUGCUGGUUCACGAGGUCACUGUCGUGCCUGUAACCGAGGCUUUGAUCGAGAGGGAGUGCGCCAUCCAGGUGAAGAAGUGGCGCGAGUCUCGCGGUGCCCUGACACACCAGCCGGGCCGCAGGCUUCACGGCACGCGGGACAUCCACGAGCAAAAGCGCCGCGCCGCCGCCAUCAGUUCCGGGGGAAGCUUGUCCUUCCUGGGCAGCUCCAUGUCCUCUCCUCCGCCCGGCCCCCUGCGCUCCUCUUCCAGCCUCCUCUCUCUUCCCGGUUUCCGGAAAUCCAAAAAUCCGUUCUCUUACGGUAAAAAAAGCUCUUUUUCUGGGGAAACGCAGGUGUUUGGAGGCGGGACUCCUAUAAUGAUAACCUCGUCUGGUCCACCACGCCCACCUGUUUCUGCCGCGGCCCCGCCCGCCGGAGGUGCAGGAGCGCAGAGGCCUAGUCCUUUAGUGGCGAAACCCCCGACGGCACCAAAAUCUCCAGUGUCAAAUUCUGGGCCAGAAUUAACAUCGGCGCCGAAAUCUGAACCGGAACCGACGUCGGCGCCGAAAUCUGGACCGGAACCACCAUCGGCGCCGAAAUCUGAACCGGAACCGACGCCAUCGCCGAAGUCUGAACCGACCCCGGCGCCAAAAUCUGAACCGGAACCUACACCAGAAUCUGCAGCAAAACCCACAUCAGAACCAGCAUCAGUGUCGAAAUCCAGCGAGGAACCCGCUCCUCCGUCGAUCCCGAACCAACUCCAGCCCCCCAGAGUAGUCUCGGAACAAGUCACGCCCACGAUCCCGUCUCCCACGGCCAACAACGUGCCUCUGCCUCUCUGCGAGGACGAGGGCAAGAAGAAGAAGAAGAAGAGCAAGGAGGAGAAGAAGAAGGAGAAGGAGGAGGAGAAGCUGAAGGCGCGAGAGAAGAAGGAACGCGAUAAGGCGGAGAAGGAGAAGGCGAGGAAGGAGAAAGAGAGGGCCGAGAAGGAGAAGGAGAAGGCCGAGAAGGAGAAGGAGAAGGCCGAGAAGAAGAAGGAGAAAGUCGGCAAAAAGAAGGACAAGGCCGCAAGCGCCGAGGCGGAGGAGAAGAACGGAGCCGCGGCAGCCAAACACGCGGCCUAGCUUUCUGAACUAAAAAGGCGAAUAGAGCACAAAGGAAGGGAGGAUUUACAUCUUAAAGAGAAUUGGAUCACGUUUUAUGGCUCUGAAUCCUCUCAUUUACAUUCACAUCCAUUAGAAGAGAUAUUAAAACACGCGCACCUGCACACAGUCAGUCUGUACAUAGAUCAAUAGGUCGUUAUUUAGUAAGACGUCCAACCAUAAAACAUUCAUCCGAUCCCUCUAAAUCGGACAGCGACCCCAAUAGACAUUGUCCUCGCCGUAGACUUAACAACGAGCCCGUAUUUAUGAACAUGUCUGUUAGCGUGUGCUUGUGCGUGUUUACAUGUUCGUGUAGUGUAGUGUCGCUGUCCGGUGUUUCUGACUUGACCCGUAGGAGGCGCUCUUUUUCAUCCUUCAGGAAGAAAUGGAAAGAGGGGGAAAAAAAAAAGAAACCAGUGUCUAGUUUGGCCACUAGAGGGACUGGAAGAACAGACUGAACUGAAACUGGACUGAGGUUUGUUAGAAAUGGUACUGCGGUCAGAAUAGCGUGACUUGCUUCCCGACUGAAACCCUUCGGCCGUCUUCUUAAUCUUCAUAUCUUAAGAGUCAUUAUGCCUGCUCGCUCUGUUUCUAUUUCAGCUCUCUGAUUGUCUCUGUGUGUGUGUGUGUGUGUGUGUGUCCCUCUGCUUUUGAAGACGGGACUAAGGCUGAGCGAUACGACCAAAAGGUUUCAUAAUCAUGAUACGUGAACUGCCCUCAAAAAUCUGCAGAAAAUCUCUCUUGAAUGUCUACAAGAAGCAGGAUCUCUUCACAGCUCCGGUUAGAGACUCCCCGGUUCGAUCCCGAGCUCGGGUGAAGAGGUUUUUUUUUUUUUUUAUUAUUAUAUACACGUUUUACAACAUUCUUUCCAUGUACGUUCCUUCCAGGUUUUUCUCCGACCUCCUAAAGAACCCCAUACUGAUACACAAACUUGACCUUAGGUGUGAGGUUUUAAAGACCAAGUGCAAACUGUUACCAGGAAACAAUUAGCUUCCAGUUAGAUUGAAUUGUUAUUUUUUUUGAAAAGGAAACGAUAUCGCGUGAACGAAGGUACGUUGUGAAAUAAUUUCUCAGUAUAUCGAUGCAUCGCACGUCACAUCGCUCAGCCCUAGAUCCUGUUACAUAUGUUUUAUAUAUUUGUUUCUCGGUCAUACUUUUUUUUUUUUUUUUUUUUCCUUCCUCAAUAUAUAUAUAUAUAUAUAAUUUCUCUCAUUCCUGUGUUUCCUCUCUCGAUCUCUCGCUUUGUCUCUCCUCGGCUCUCGUUAACCCUGAUCCCGUUUCCCUCUCUGUUUAAUGGUGAACUGGAAUCUCGACACGAUACCCGGCAGAGUAAACAGAAAAGGCGUAAUGCUGCAGCGUGAAGAAUCGUGACGUAUUGGGGAGAAUUAAAUGUCUGAACUUGACUCGAUGUUGGUUAAACCUGCUUGGACUUUCACCUCAGAUUCAUAUUUAUUUGCUUGUCAAUGAAGGAAUUAGUCUGUUUGCACUGAACCCUCUUUAUUAUGAUGAUGAUGAUGAUGAUUUAUUAUUUUGUUUUUGUUUUUUUUUGUUUUUUUUUGUCCUGAAAGCACCACUAACGUUUGGUUUGCGUUGUUCUUUCUGACGUUAACGAAUAACGAUUUUCGGUAGCAUUAACGUCCGAGCUCGUCGCCUUUAGGGCUCGAUUGCAUUGAUGUACAGUUUGUUAAUUUAACCAGAUGAACAAUUAUAUUGUGUAUUAUUCCUGUUCUUUAUCGUAUUUUAGAUUGUAUUAUUGCUAUUUUUUCUAUGCAAGAAUCCAGAGGCCUGCGUGACUGGAAGCGUAGCGGCGGCUUUUAGACGAACUCGAGGAUGUAUUUUUAAAGUCAUUUCUUAGUUGUUGUGUUUUUUUUUUUUUUUUUGGUUAUGAUGAUGUGAUUUUUUUUUUGUUUGUUUGUUUGUUUGUUGUUUUUUUUUUUUUUUGCACAUUUUAUAUCCCAAAAUUUUGGAGAACAAAACCAAGCAGUAGCUUUUUUUUGUUGUCGGUUUGUUUGUUUUGGUCUGUUCUAAAGUCACGACCGUGACAGUAUUUAGCGCCUUCAGAGGCUGCUUUACUUUCUCACAUCAACGUCGCCGAUCGGCCGAAACGUUCUGCUACAAGGCUAACGUGGCCGACGAGUAACGGCUCUCGCAAAAUCUUCCGUGGAUUUGUAAGCGUGAUCUUUCGUUUUACGUAAAGAGCGUCGUAAAGUAGCGCGGAGAGUCCCAUUUCAAAACGGAACUACGUUAUCGUUAACGUAACGUUCCGGAGGCGGGGCUUAAGGAGCGGAUCAGACCGCUCAGUGUUCGCUGUGUGUUUGGUUUUCUCCACCUAGGUGCCGUUCUUUAGGCGGGCCUGAAACAACCGGUCCAAGUGCAUCUGACCAGUGAUCGCCGUGAGAAAUAGAUUAGACCCCGACUCGACUCGACUGCAGGAAACGAUUCAAACAAGCCGAGUGUCUUCGUUUGCGGCAUCUGAGCUACUAAACUGGAGAUUCAGCCGAAGGGCAGAGCUGUAGUGCUGCAGAAAUGUUGUGUACGGAAGAUCUGGAUCAGGGAAUAAAAAGACGCGCCAAAACAAGUGUUUUGAAACUAGUUAUUUAUAUUAGGGAGUUAUCUAUAACUUCCUCCAUCGCAGUGGUUUGUUAAAAUAAUCAUCGUGGAGUGUUAAAACAAAACAACAGUAUCAAUUUCGCGCUCUGAUUUGAAGUAAAACGGAAUAAAUUGUGUAAAAAAAACCCGAAACAUUCUGGGGAAGGUUUGUCCUCCGUUGCGUGUUAACUACGUCGGGUUUGAAGCACCCACGUCUUGGCUGGUUGACUGAUUUGAGAUUUUUCAUGAAACUUCCUUUAAGUUUUUAAUAUGGUACGCCCCAUCUCUCUGCAUAACUUUUUCUUCUUAUUAUUAUUUAAGUUGGAGUAAGAGGUCUGAGUCUGUACUGUAGAACUAUAUUACGGGAGGUGUUUGGGCGUCGUCUCGAUGAACCACUGGAACAUCUCGUCCAUCAGCGUGUAGACGUUUCUAAACCAACUCCACCCCCCGAGGCACUCCGCAGUAUUACGCAACAAAAAAAGAACAACCAAUCAGCACUUUGGAAACCGGACUGUGCCAUUGGGACUAUCUGAGAACAUUAACGUGAUGAUGUGUGAGCUGCAAGAUGACGUGUUUUCACUCUUCUUCUGUGCUGCUGUGCUGUGUGUUGUGGUUUCUUUUGUCCCCUCCUCACCUCUAGGUGGUGCUGUUUUGUUUUUUUUUUUCUUUUCUUUUCUAAAACCGUGCUUCACCUGCGCCACUUUGGCGGCUGUGUUCCGAUACCGUUUUUAACGCGCCCUUCUCCGGUCCUUCUAGUCGUACAGACAUUUUCCCAAUUUACCCAGAAUGCAUUGCUACAGGCAAAGGAUGACAAACAAAGCUGUUUAAGUGUGAACAGAAGCAAUAAGUAGAUGCUAGAUGUUUCACGAAAAUGUGACUUUGAUCUGUUAACAACAUGAUACGACCCCAUGUACACGUUAUCGCUGUGAGUCUGCAAGGUUCCCCGAGGGCGUUUUAUAAACCGUGUCGGAACACAGGGCGUGUCUAUGCAAACCCUAAAACCCCGAGACUGACUCCCGUGUGGCGCGUUCUUUCAUUUUUCUCAGAGGAAAGGAAUGACGGGUUGGGGGGUGGGGGGGUCGUGUCUGAUUCGGCCACUAGAGGGAACAGGGGAACAGAUUGAACUUCAGAAACUUUGCUCAGAACUGUCCGGGUUUGGUGAUUAUUUUGUGACUGAAUAUGUAAAAUAUAUAUAUAUAAUAAUAAUAAUCCAGUUUCAAACCUCUACCGCUUCAAGCAGUCUGAUAUCGUGACAUUAAUUGUGGGGCUUGAAGAAAUUAGCAUUUAAGAGUCCGUGUUUUAGAUUCAGCACUGAAAUGAAGCUUUACAGCGCGGCAAAAUUUGGAAUCGGACAGGUCUCCGUUAUCUUCUUCCCCCAACCGCACCCCCCACCCCCCACCCCCUUUUUAAGACGUGUCCCUAUUGCGUCAAGAGCUGAAACUUGGUCAGGAUGUGGAAUUUUAUAUUUAUUUUUUUUUUCCCAUGAAAACACAGCCACCCGUGGUAUUGUAUAAUGACUACACAUCAAGAGGACCGACCCGUGCUUUUAUUCCCGGAGUAGUCGUGUGAUCGUUUUAUUUCAACAGCAGCCAUGUAAAUAAACAUCUCGAGCUGUUCGAGACGACAUCACGACCGUCUGAGCUCGUUUGCGGUGUGAAAAUCCUACGGGAUAGGGAAAUAGGCAAGCGCCGAUGGUGUGCUUUCCUAUCUGCGAUAACCGCUUCAACUACGUCGCGAAUAUAUAUCGUAUUUACAAACGAUACCACGAUUAAAAUCUACUGAUUUUUUUUUUUAAUUAUUAUUAUUAUUUUGUGCAAGUGACAACGUUUAUUUGUUUAACCUUUCAAAUAAACUACCUUUACGAAACAAAUGUACUUAAAACUGCGCUCUGAAUGGGACGGACAUCGUAUCUAGCCAAAGCUCCGCCCACUGAGGCAGCCCCCAUCUAAUGGAACGCAGGAGAUUUUACUAAAGUGUCCAUAAUCGUGUUACACUGCGUCCGGAAUGUCGCGAUUUAUUAUAUAACUCAUAACGCACAUGCCUGCUGGACUGACUUCGUGGAUCAGAAAUUCGCUUCCUCGUUGCGCUAGCUUUUUGUUUGUGUGGAGUGUUUAACCCUCUUGUUUGUUUUUAACUCAUCUUGUUGUUUUUUUUAAGACUAGUUUUCUUUAAUCCCAUCUUGUCAUGUGUCUGUCAAGUCUUUUUGUUUGUUUGUUUGUUUUUUUUAUUACACCAAACCUUGAGAAUAAAAUGAAAUCAUAGCUCGUCAUUCCUUAACUACACGAGGAAAAUGUACACAGUGUAUUUAAUUCAUCAUUAUGAUAGCGAUAAUAAUUGUGACGAAUAAUAAACCGUAAUAUAUUAAAUCCCUCACUGUGUUUGGAUUUUGGUUUACGGUUGUCUUUGUGUUUUUAAGAAGAGUUUGUGGUGACUCUUUCCAUGACGGCCGUACAGUUGAGGCCAGAAGGCUUUCGUUCUGACCGUUUUUUUAUACCGGUCUUGGAGUAGGAGCUUCUUCCUUCCUUGUCCUGGCGUUCAGUUGAGUCAAAGAUUUGUGCCUCCUUCCUGAACGAUGCGGUAUCCGUGUGCUCCUAUGGUUUUUAUUUUUGCGAACGAUUUUCCUACAGAUGUUCGUGGUGUCUUCAGUUGUUUUGAAAUUGCUCCUAAUGAGGAACUCGAUUCGGUCCAAAAUGAAUCUUUCUUGGCUACUUUGCUCGGAUUUUCCAUCGGUCUCGAUGGCGAGAAGACACCGGCUCUAACGCCAGGCCACAAGUGUGCGCCCAGUUACCUCUUUAUUUAUGACUUGGCCAAUCAGAAGCAUCUAAAAGUCAAAUCAGUUCAUUUCUGGAAACUUCCAGACGGUUUAAAGAGACAGUCGGCUUGGUGUAUGUAAACUUUUGACCCACUGGGAUUCUCACCUAGUGAAUUAAAGCUGAAAUAAAGGUGUGUCUUUUAAAAUUGUUUUGAUGUGAACGAUGUAGAGGCUUCAAUCGACUUCAAUCAGCCGUAACAUUCAAACCCCUGACAGGUGAAGUGAAUAGCAGCGAUCAUCCCGUUCUCGAGGGGUGGGAUAUAUUCGUUAAGCAGGACGUGGACAGUCAAUUCUCGAAGUUGAUGGGUUGGAAGCAGGAAAAAUGGGCAAGCGUCAAUGAUUGAGGGCCGGAUUGUGAUGGCUAGACGACUGGGUCGGAACAUCUCCAAAAACGGCCGGUACCUACCAAAAGUGAUCCGAGGGAGGACGACCGGUGAUCCGGCGACAGGGUCAUGAGCGCCCAAGGUUCAUCGGUGAGCGUCUGGAUUGAAGGCUAGCCCGUCUGGUCCGAUCCCACAGAACUACUGUAGCACAAACUGCUGAAAAAGUCAACACUGGCUGUGAUAGUAAGGUGUCCGAUCCAUGGAGGCCCCUCCUCACGACUUACAGGAAUUAAACUAUCUUCCGCUGACGUCUUGAUAUUGUGCCGGAUACCACAGCACACCUUCAUGGUCUUGUGGAGUCCAUGCGUAGACGAGUCCCAGCUGUUCUGUCGGCACACGCGAUGUUCCGCAGGUGGUUUUAAUCUUACAGUCUAUACGAUGACCCGUGAAGACAUUCAUAACCUGCACUAAUGUGUUUAUAUGGCAUUAUGUAUGUAAUUAUAAUUAUUUGGGUGGGGGGGAUGACCGUUUAUUGCAGGGUUUAUUAUGCUGAAUAAGUUAACAAUGCAUUGGAUGUAGACUUUAUAAUACAUUAAAUCGCCAACACCAAAUAAAUUCCUCUGCAGUUUAUUUUAUUAGCGUGUUAUAUUUAGUCUUAGACACACCGGGUAAAGUUUAUAGUGUGUUCUGAUCCUCUCUUCAGGUAACUGGUCUUGUGCUCUAUAAGAUUAUACAGAUGCUUGCUUUCUUUGGUGCUGGUGUUGAUAAUGUGUCAUCAGAGACUUUGUGAACUGAUCUUACUUUGUUUAGAGUGUUCAUAAGGUGGGGUUUUGUUUAUAUAUAUAUAUAUAUGUAUAUAUGUAUGUACUACCCAUAAUGCACUGCAUAAGAGCAUACAUUAGCUUGAAGCAGUCGUUAAACGCCACGAGAGCUGUGAUUUGAUUCUGUAAUGUUGACACGUUUCCUUUUGAAACACGAAAUCUUGAGAGUUUGUGGAUGGGGGCGGGACAAACGUGGUGUAGAGGGCGUUUGAUUGGCCACGGAUCAGGUCAGUACAGGGUGAGUCAUUUUAAAAACGUCGCUGUUUUCCUGGAAAUUAAAGGUGCAAGUAAAAUAGUGACUCUUCUUUGAGAAUCUAGCAUUUGGUAGACAAACUUUUCUCUUUACUCAUUCACCGUCUCUCACACAUUCUCUCUCUCUCUCUCUCGUUGCACUCAGGAUGGACAGACGCAGGCGUACGAAAGAUAAGGUCGCUUUAUUCACAGUUUCUCUCUUUUUAUUGCUUACAGAGGAGUUGGUGACAGAGCAAAGAAAGCAUGAGGGAAGCGAGGGAUUGCGGAAAGACGAGGGGAGAGAGGGAGAGAAGAAGGGAAUGGUUUCUUUCUGUCGCCUCUCUCCACUCCUCUACUGUCUUGACUUUCUCUCUCUCUCCGUCGCUCCAGCCGUCCCUCUUUUGUUUUGUUUUUUUUGGACACUUCUCAUUCCUUUCUGAUUCGAGUGAGGGAAAACAAGAUGGCAGACGCUGGAUGGCUGGACUUUUCUAUUGUAGAAGGAAAUCCCUCCAUUUUGUUUUGUUCGCGCCCCCCCCCCCCCCCCCC